GAAAAAUGCACUCAUAUAACCAGAACCUGCUUUUCACGUAAUUGAUUUUCUAUUUAACAAUCAAGACGAUGCACUUGCUUAUAAUGCUGAAGUGUGCUUUAUUGCUGCUUACAUCGAAAACGACAGAUUGUAGUAUAGCUGGCUUGACUUAUAUGGACCCCAUCAAGCAGAUGCCUUGUACUGGACCGUAUACGCCUCAUUGUGGUUCAAGUAACGCACUAUACUGGUAUCCACGACCAACCUCCAAUUUGCAAAAUAUACAAUACCAUCAUCCACGGUCUGUACCUCCACGGCUUGUACCUCCACUUCCCUAUUCAUCAUCAACGCAGCCUCCACCUCUGCUAUGUCAACCUUUCCCUCCUCCAAAUCCCUGUCUAAUUAUCCCAGCAACACUUUGUCUACUGCCCCUAUGCCCUUCAACUUCUACUAAUUCUUCAACUCCAAAAUCCAAUAAUGCUUUAACCACCCAACCGCUUAGUACUCCAACCACCGUGUACACAUCCACUGUUGCACCAGCAGCCUUACCUAUACUUCCAUUAAUUUCUAACGCUAUCCCUCAAACACCCCUGCAGUCAUUCCCAAUUUAUUUUCUUGUUCCUCCAAUUCCACAAAUGCUUCCUAAAUUACCAGGACUCGUAAGUAAAGAUGGUGGAAUAAACAUAAUGCCAUUCUCCGAUGUCUACACCGAUCUCUUCGAGAAGUUCAAAGGCAAAGUAGCACGAAGAGAACUGAAAAAACUAGCAAGAAAUAAGAUAAUACGGAAAUAUUUAUUGGAAAUAGUAUCACUAGAAGAAUCAGAGGAGCUUUCAUCAUUGUCUUCUUCGGAUAGUGAUGAAAAUCUUGAGAAGAGUACAGAGAUAGGAAACUGAAAAGAAAAGAUUAAGAAAAUUUGUUAUAUUUUAUAAUAUAUAAGGUACAUGGCAAAACCAACUAU